AUGAAUGGGCCAGUGGAUGGUUUAUGUGAUUACACGCUGGAUGAUGAAGGGGCUUUCAUGUUCACAUCGGAGUCGGUGGGAGAAGGACAUCCAGAUAAAAUCUGUGAUCAAAUCAGCGAUGCUGUACUAGACGCCCAUCUCAAACAGGACCCGAAUGCCAAGGUUGCUUGUGAGACAGUAUGUAAGACAGGAAUGGUGUUGCUCUGUGGAGAGAUCACAUCUCGUGCUAUUGUGGAUUAUCAGCGAGUUGUCCGAGAUGCAAUUAGACAUAUUGGCUAUGAUGAUUCAGCUAAAGGCUUUGACUACAAGACUUGUAAUGUUUUAGUGGCACUGGAACAGCAGUCACCUGAUAUUGCCCAAGGUGUUCAUCUACACAGGGAUGAAGAGGAUGUUGGUGCUGGAGAUCAGGGUUUGAUGUUUGGUUAUGCAACUGAUGAGACAGAAGAAUGUAUGCCUCUAACAAUUAUUCUUGCUCAUAAACUGAAUGCCAAGUUAGCAGAGCUGAGGCGUAAUGGAGAACUUCCUUGGCUGAGGCCUGACUCUAAAACACAGGUCACGGUUCAGUAUAUCCAGGAGAAUGGAGCAGUCAUCCCAGUGCGUGUUCACACCAUUGUGAUAUCUGUGCAGCACGAUGAAACCAUUUCACUGGAGACUAUGCGCAGAAGCCUGAAGGAUCGUGUGAUUCAAGCUGUUGUCCCUGCAAAAUAUUUGGAUGAGAAAACUAUUUAUCACCUUCAACCUAGUGGACGUUUUGUUAUUGGAGGGCCUCAGGGUGAUGCUGGUGUUACUGGUCGAAAGAUCAUAGUGGAUACUUACGGUGGCUGGGGAGCCCAUGGAGGUGGUGCCUUUUCUGGCAAAGACUAUACGAAGGUGGACCGAUCAGCUGCAUAUGCAGCCCGUUGGGUGGCCAAGUCUCUUGUGAAAGCUGGGCUCUGUCGCCGUGUUCUGGUUCAGGUUUCUUAUGCCAUUGGCGUAGCUCAUCCACUGUCCAUUUCACUGUUCACUUACGGAACUUCCCAAAAAACAGAGAAAGAGCUGCUGGAUAUUGUGCACAAAAACUUUGAUCUUCGACCUGGAGUAAUUGUCAGGGAUUUGGACCUAAAAAAGCCCAUUUAUCAGAAGACUGCAUGUUAUGGUCACUUUGGAAGAAAUGAAUUCUCAUGGGAGGUGCCCAAAAAACUUGUGUUUUGACACUAGCAAUCACCCUUUAAAAACAGAAAGGAAGAGAAGUCCACUAAUCAUGAGGAUGCUUCCGAAAAUGAAAUCUGACAGCUUUGUAUUCAACAAAAGGAAUUUUAGAUUUUAA